AUGGGUAAAGCGAAAGCUGGUAAGCGGAAUGCCGCCGCCGCCUCCUCGGGAAGCCCGUACUCUCGACCUUCUCAGAAGACGAACAAUGUCUUCAAGUUCAACACGAAUGUUGGUCAACAUAUCUUGAAGAACCCCGGUGUGGCGGAUGCGAUUGUUCACAAAGCCGAACUUAAGCCCACGGAUACUGUACUCGAAAUCGGUCCGGGAACUGGUAACUUAACAGUGAGAAUUCUCGAGAAGGCGAAGAAGCUCAUUGCGAUCGAGUUCGACCCUCGAAUGGCGGCCGAAGUGACAAAGCGUGUGCAAGGGACUCCGGAGCAGCGCAAGCUCGAUGUCAUGCUCGGAGAUGCGAUCAAAGUCGAAUGGGCUCCUUUCGACAUCUCUUCGCCCCUGGUGUUCAAGAUGCUUGCGAUGCCAAAGCCGCCGCGGCAAGCGAUUCUCAUGUUCCAGCUCGAGUUCGGACAAAGACUUGUGGCCAAGCCCGGCGACAAGCUCUAUGGUAGACUGAGCGUGAACGCCAACUUUUGGGCAACAUGCUCCAACGUGAUGAAGGUGUCCAAGGCCAACUUCAGGCCGCCGCCACAGGUCGACUCCUGCGUUGUGCGCAUCGUGCCCAAGCAGGGAGCCGAGCGUCCCACCAUCGCCUUCGAGGAAUUCGACGGCCUCCUCCGCGUUUGCUUCAACCGUAAGAACAGGACCAUGCGAGCCAGCUGGCUCGGCACGAAGGAAGUGCUCCAGAUGCUGGAGAAGAACUACCGUACAUGGGCUGCCAUGAACAACGUGCCCCUGGACGACUCUCUUGUUGAGGAUGACGAGGACGACGCCAUGGAAAUGGACGAUGACGCGGACGCCGGCGGCAACGAUGACAACGAUGCCGAGCCCAUGGACGACGACACACCCGAGUUCUUCAAGGAGCUUAACGCCACAGCUGCCAAGGCGCCCGAGAAGACGAAGAGCAAGCGCAAGAAGACCAAGGUUGCGGCGCUCGUGCGGAGCAAGAUUGAACGCGCGCUCGAGAGCACCGAGCUCAUGGAGAAGAGAGCGCGGUUGUGCGACGAGACGGAUUUUCUGAAGCUGCUCUCUGCUCUCAACUCGGAGGGCAUCCACUUUGCCUAG